AUGAUAAUGUGAAAAGGGUGUUAGAAUGUUUACCCUAUUUAACCCCAUUAAAACCACAAGCUGUUCCUCUUACAGACAUUGAGAAUGCAGGCAAUGAGCCUCAAAAUUCUUAUCUGGUACAUGUCAACUAUGACAGACAAAUGGAGAAAAAAAAAUCCAGAAAAUCACAUUGUAGGAUUUUUAAUUAAUUUAUUUGCAAAUUAUGGUGGAAAAUAAGUAUUUGUUCACCUACAAACAAGCAAGAUUUCUGGCUCUCACAGACCUGUAACUUCUUCUUUAAGAGGCUCCUCUGUCCUCCACUCGUUACCUGUGUUAAUGACACCUGUUUGAACUUGUUAUCAGUAUAAAAGACACCUGUCCACAACCUCAAACAGUCACACUCCAAACUCCACUAUGGCCAAGACCAAAGAGCUGUCAAAGGACACCAGAAACAAAAUUGUAGACCUGCACCAGGCUGGGAAGACUGAAUCUGCAAUAGGUAAGCAGCUUGGUUUGAAGAAAUCUACUGUGGGAGCAAUUAUUAGGAAAUGGAAGACAUACAAGACCACUGAUAAUCUCCCUCGAUCUGGGGCUCCACGCAAGAUCUCACCCCGUGGGGUCAAAAUGAUCACAAGAACGGUGAGCAAAAAUCCCAGAACCACACGGGGGGACCUAGUGAAUGACCUGCAGAGAGCUGGGACCAAAGUAACAAAGCCUACCAUCAGUAACACACUACGCCGCCAGGGACUCAAAUCCUGCAGUGCCAGACGUGUCCCCCUGCUUAAGCCAGUACAUGUCUAGGCCCGUCUGAAGUUUGCUAGAGUGCAUUUGGAUGAUCCAGAAGAGGAUUGGGAGAAUGUCAUAUGGUCAGAUGAAACCAAAAUAGAACUUUUUGGUAAAAACUCAACUUGUCGUGUUUGGAGGACAAAGAAUGCUGAGUUGCAUCCAAAGAACACCAUACCUACUGUGAAGCAUGGGGGUGGAAACAUCAUGCUUUGGGGCUGUUUUUCUGCAAAGGGACCAGGACGACUGAUCCGUGUAAAGGAAAGAAUGAAUUGGGCCAUGUAUCGUGAGAUUUUGAGUGAAAACCUCCUUCCAUCAGCAAGGGCAUUGAAGAUGAAACGUGGCUGGGUCUUUCAGCAUGACAAUGAUCCCAAACACACAGCCAGGGCAACGAAGGAGUGGCUUCGUAAGAAUCAUUUCAAGGUCCUGGAGUGGCCUAGCCAGUCUCCAGACCUGAACCCAAUAGAAAAUCUUUGGAGGGAGCUGAAAGUCCGUAUUGCCCAGCAACAGCCCCGAAAACUGAAGGAUCUGGAGAAGGUCUGUAUGGAGGAGUGGGCCAAAAUCCCUGCUGCAGUGUGUGCAAACCUGGUCAAGACCUACAGGAAACGUAUGAUCUCUGUAAUUGCAAACAAAGGUUUCUGUACCAAAUAUUAAGUUCUGCUUUUCUGAUGUAUCAAAUACUUAUGUCAUGCAAUAAAAUGCUAAUUAUUUACUUAAAAAACAGUUGAAGUGUACCUAUGAUAAAAAUCGGCAGUGUAUUAAAUACUUUUUAUUUUCUAUUGAUAAUGUAAAAUUAACAGCCAUACAGAAAGACUCAUGUGAAGGUGAAAUUACAGAGGAGGAACUUCUGGAUGCAAUUAAAGACUUUAAGUCCGGGAAAACUCCAGGGUUGGAUGGCAUACCAGUCGAGGUAUACUAAACCUUUUUUGUUAUACUCAGAGGAACGUUAUUAGCAUGUUUUAACCACUCCUAUGUAAAUGCUAGAUUAUCAGACACUCAAUUAGUAGGUCUGAUUUCAUUAUUACUGAAACAGGAUACAAGUGGAAAACAUAAAGAUCCAGUCCAUUAAAUAAAUUGGAGGCCCCUUUCCACUUCAGUGUUGUGAUGCAAAAAUUCUAGCAAAAUGUAUAGCGCAUAGAAUUAAAAAGGUAUUGUCGGACAUUAUUCAUUCUAAUCAGACAGGUUUUUUACAUGGGCGAUACAUUGGAGAUAAUAUAAGGCAAGUACUGGAAACAAUAGAACACUAUGAAAAAUCUGGGAAACCAGGCCUACUAUUCAUAGCAGACUUCGAAAAGGCAUUUGAUAAAGUUCGACUUGGUGUUUAUAUAUAAAUGCCUGGAGCAUUUCAAUUUUGGACAAUCUCUUAUAAAUUGGGUUAAAAUCAUGUAUAGUAACCCUAGGUGUAAAAUAGUAAAUAAUGGCUAUUUCUCUGAAAGUUUUAAACUCUCAAGAGGAGUGAAACAAGGUUGUCCACUGUCGGCAUAUCUAUUUAUUAUUGCCAUCGAGAUGUUAGCUAUUAAAAUCAGAUCCAGCAAUAAUAUAAAGGGAUUAGAAAUCCAGGGCUUUAAAACAAAGGUGUCAUUGUACGCUGAUGAUUCAUGUUUUCUUUUAAAUCCACAACUUGAAUCCCUCCACAGCCUCAUAGAGGAUCUAGAUACAUUUUCUAACCUCUCUGGAUUACAACCAAAUUAUGAUAAAUGUACUAUAUUACGUAUUGGAUCACUAAAAAAUACAAUUUUUACAUUACCAUGUAGUUUACCAAUAAAAUGGUCUGAUGGUGAUGUGGAUAUACUCGGAAUACAUAUCCCAAAUGAAAUAAAUGAUCUCACUCCAAUACAUUUUAAUAGAAAGUUAGCAAACAUAGAUAAGAUAUUGCUACAAUGGAAAGGUCAAUUUGUGGAAAAAUCACCCUGAUUAACUCUUUAGUAUUAUCCCAGUUUACCUAUUUGCUUAUGGUCUUGCCUACGCCUAGCGAACAGUUUUUUAAAUUAUAUGCGAAAAAAAUAUUCUAUUUUAUUUGGAACGGCAAGCCAGACAAAAUUAAAUGGGCCUAUUUAUAUAAUGAAUAUGAAUUCGGAGGACAGAAAUUAUAAAAUAUUAAAGCAUUAGACCUAUCACUAAAAGCUUCAGUCAUACAAAAGUUAUACUUAAAUCCAAACUGGUUCUCUAGCAAAUUAGUAAGAUUCUCUCACCCAAUGUUCAAGAAUGGCCUUCUUCCCUUAAUUCAGAUUACAACCUCUCACUUUAAGUUAAAUAUCUCCCAAAUAUCACUUUUUCUAAAACAAGCCAUAGAAAGUUGGUUGCAAUUUCAAUUGAAUCCUCCAGAAACGACAGAACAAAUAAAGCAACACAUUUUGUGGUUAAACUGAAAUAUACUAAUUGAUUAAAAAAACUUUUUUUUUGACAACAUCAUUUUAUUUUUUUAUAAUCUUCGUAAAUGAUAAUAUAGGUAGGACUGGUGGAGUUAUGUCUCACAUGCAGCUAAGAAAAACAUAUGGAAAUGUCUGCUCUACACAAAAUUACAACCAAAUAAUUGCAGCAUUACCGCAAAAAUGGAAAAGGAAAGUGGAAGGGGGAAAAAGUAAGGAACUUGUCUGUCGGCCUUGCAUUAAAGAAUAUAAUUGGUUAAAGAAAAUUGGGAUAAAUAAAAAAGUAUACCAGUUUCAUUUAAGGACCAAAGGAUUGACAGACUUUCUAUAUAGAUUGCAAAAUACAGUGAGGGAAAAAAGUAUUUGAUCCCCUGCUGAUUUUGUAAGUUUGCCCACUGACAAAUAUAUGAUCAGUCUAUAAUUUUAAUGGUAGGUUUAUUUGAACAGUGAGAGACAGAAUAACAACAAAAAAAUACAGAAAAACGUAUGUCAAAAAUAAUAUAAAUUGAUUUGCAUUUUAAUGAGGGAAAUAAGUAUUUGACCCCUCUGCAAAACAUGACUUAGUACUUGGUGGCAAAACCCUUGUUGGCAAUCACAGAAGUCAGACGUUUCUUGUAGUUUGCCAUCCGGUUUGCACACAUCUCAGGAGGGAUUUUGUUCCACUCCUCUUUGCAGAUCUUCUCCAAGUCAUUAAGGUUUCGAGGCUAACGUUUGGCAACUCGAACCUUCAGCUCCCUCCAAAGAUUUUCUAUGUGAUUAAGGUCUGGAGACUGGCUAGGCCACUCAAGGACCUUAAUGUGAUUCUUCUUUAGCCACUCCUUUGUUGCCGUGGCUGUGUGUUUUGGGUCAUUGUCAUGCUGGAAUACCCAUCCACGACCCAUUUUCAAUGCCCUGGCUGAGGGAAGGAGGUUCUCACCAAAGAUUUGACGGUACAUGGCCCCGUCCAUCGUCCCUUUGAUGCGGUGAAGUUGUCCUGUCCCCUUAGCAGAAAAACACCCCCAAAGCAUAAUGUUUCCACCUCCAUGUUUGACUGUGGGGAUGGUGUUCUUGGGGUCAUAGGCAGCAUUCCUCCUCCUCCAAACAAGGCGAGUUGAGUUGAUGCCAAAGAGCUCCAUUUUGGUCUCAUCUGACCACAACACUUUCACCCAGUUCUCCUCUGAAUCAUUCAGAUGUUCAUUGGCAAACUUCAGACGGCCCUGUAUAUGUGCUUUCUUGAGCAGGGGGACCUUGCGGGCGCUGCAGGAUUUCAGUCCUUCACGGCAUAGUGUGUUACCAAUUGUUUUCUUGGUGACUAUGGUCCCAGCUGCCUUGAGAUCAUUGACAAGAUCCUCCCGUGUAGUUCUGGGCUGAUUCCUCACCGUUGUCAUGAUCAUUGCAACUCCACGAGGUGAGAUCUUGCAUGGAGUCCCAGGCCGAGGGAGAUUAACAGUUAUUUUGUGUUUCUUCCAUUUGCGAAUAAUCGCACCAACUGUUGUCACCUUCUCACCAAGCUGCUUGGCGAUGGUCUUGUAGCCCAUUCCAGCCUUGUGUAGGUCUACAAUCUUGUCCCUGAUAUCCUUGGAGAGCUCUUUGGUCUUGGCCAUGGUGGAGAGUUUGGAAUCUGAUUGAUUGAUUGCUUCUGUGGACAGGUGUCUUUUAUACAGGUAACAAGGUGAGAUUAGGAGCACUCCCUUUAAGAGUGUGCUCCUAAUCUCAGCUCGUUACCUGUAUGAAAGUCACCUGGGAGCCAGAAAUUGAUUGAGAGGGGGUCAAAUACUUACUUCCCUCAUUAAAAUGCAAAUCAAUUUAUAAAAUUUUUGACAUGUGUUUUUCUGGAUUUUUUUGUUGUUAUUCUGUCUCUCACUGUUCAAAUAAACCUACCAUUAAAAUUAUAGACUGAUCAUUUCUUUGUCAGUGGGCAAACGUACAAAAUCAGCAGGGGAUCAAAUACUUUUUUCCCUCACUGUAUAUAUAUAUUUGCGAGAAAAAAAACAUAUGUGUGAUUGGAAGUGAUGCAGACAACAAAUUGAUGGAAGUUACAAUCAAUCUGAAAUAUUAAAGCUGAUCUACCCCCUAAAAAAUAAAAAAAUAAAAAAGAGACCAAAGAUAAUCCUGAAUGUGCUACAAAGCUCCACAGCGGAGAUUGGAGUAUCUGUCCAUAGGACCACUUUAAGCAGUACACUCCACAGAGCUGGGCUUUACGGAAGAGUGGCCAAAAAAAGCCAUUGCUUAAAGAAAAAAAUAAGCAAACACCUUUGGUGUUCACCAAAAGGCAUGUGGGAGACUCCCCAAAUAUAUGAAAGAAGGAACUCUGGUCAGAUGAGACUAAAAUUGAGCUUUUUGGCCAUCAAGGAAAACACUAUGUCUGGCGCAAACCCAACACCUCUCAUCACCCCGAGAACACCAUCCCCAGAGUGAAGUUUGGUGGUGGCAGCAUCAUGCUGUGGGGAAGUUUUUCAUCGGCAGGGACUGGGAAGCUUGUCAGAAUUGAAGGAAUGAUGGAUGGCGCUAAAUACAGGGAAAUUCUUGAGGGAAACCUGUUUCAGUCUUCCAGAGAUUUGAGACUGGGACGGAGGUUCACCUUCCAGCAGGGCAAUGACCCUAAGCAUACUGCUAAAGCAAUACUCGAGUGGUUUAAGGGGAAACGUUUAAAUGUAUUGGAAUGGCCUAGUCAAAGCCCAGACCUCAAUCCAUUUGAGAAUCUGUGGUAUGACUUAAAAAUUGCUGUACACCAGCGGAACCCAUCCAACUUGAAGGAGCUGGAGCAGUUUUGCCUUGAAGAAUGGGUAGAAAUCCCAGUGGCUAGAUGUGCCAAGCUUAUAGAGACAUACCCCAAGAGACUUGCAUCUGUAAUUGCUGCAAAAGGUGGCUCUACAAAAUAUUGACUUUGGGGAGGGUGAAUAGUUAUGCACACUCAAGUUUCUUGUUUUUUUGUCAUAUUUCUUCUUUGUUUCACAAUAAAAAAUAUUUUGCAUCUUCAAAGUGGUAGGCAUGUUGUGUAAAUCAAAUGAUACAAACCAGGUUGUAAGGCAACAAAAUAGGAAAAAUGCCAAGGGGGGUGAAUACUUUCACAAGCCACUGUACAUACUGUAUAUCCACAUGGUACCGUCUCCAUUCAAGGACUUGACAACACUCCCUCUUGCAAUUCAUGCAAGAUAACCACACUGCAGUUUCACUUAUACCCUGUUCACACUGCUAAACUGAGCUUUACUGCACCGCCCUGGUUGCCUGGCAAGCAUACAGAUGUAGGAUCUUAAUUUGAUCACCCUGUUGCAGGAGAACUUUCCUGCAAUGUAGGAUAUGUUUUACUUGUAGUGUAUUUGAGAUUUAAAAAGGCUUCUGAAGUUUGUAAUUUCUAUUUACAAAUGUCAGACUUAAUUUUCCCUUACAAAAUAAUUAUCAACGCCUAAAGAAAUCUCCAUUAAUUAUAAUCCACAUACUAAUUCAAAUGUACUGUUGCUGCAGGAUUUUUUUGGUAGACAAUACCUUUAACUAGGUGUAAUUUCUGACAAAAGAUAACACUAGGGUUGUUGUUGUGCCAUCAUGGUUAUUAUAUUACCUGGACAAUAAAGGGACAAUGAGCUCACAAAGUUGAGAACUUUUGGUUGGCUAUUCCCCUUCACAAAACUAUUGGCAGUGCCUACCUUUGGCAUAACAUUAUCUGAAAGCUGUACAAAUAGCAGUGAAGCCCAUUUGACAUUACCCUCUUGUAAAGCACUUCAGGAAAGAGUGGCAGGCCUCUAUAUAAUAGAUACAUUGAGAAGUUGCAGCAAAUUUAGUAAAUACCAGAAUAGUGGCCUAAAUGAAACACUGUAGGUGUUUGGGUAACCAAAAACACUGUUGCAAGUUGGAAAAUGUAACAGGAAGUAUUGUGUUUGAUUUUUUGCAACAGCCUAUCAGGUAGGUCUUUGACAUCAGACCUGCUUAUUGGUCCAUACUUAUUUCAAGCAUUUAUCCACCAGUCAGAGGACUAACCUGAAGUUGGAGCUACACACCACGAUGAUCAGAAUCAGGGUUGUUGUGGUACUUUUCAGUACAAUAUGUAAGUUUUGCAAUUCCUACCUUGACUUAUCUAUCCAUAUUGUGAUUAUGCUCAGUUCACAAUGUAAGAAAUUGAGGGGGAAAUUGUCUUUAUAGGUUUUCUGAUACUGUUGAGCUUUCUUCAGUCCUUCAGUCCUAGUUCUUCUCAUUAACCUAAACUUUUAAAUAGUUUUUUUGCAUUUUUAGAUGUGACACAAUGCAACAAUGUUCAGCGGCAUGUUCAAGUUCAGGGGGUUCAAAUUGGUGACCCAGUGACUCUCUACUGUGUUUUCUCGAAGCAAGUAUUCAAUGAGGGAAACAUGUUCUGGUUCAAGCACGUAACAGGGGAAAUUCCUCAGGUUGUUGCAAGGAUGCAGAAAAAUCAGUCAAGGCCUGAUCUGCACAAGGAAUUUAACAAUUCACAUCUUAGUGUGGAGAAGGCUCAAGCUGACGGGAUAUAUCGUCUCACGAUCUCAAAGAUGGAACCAACGGAUCAAGCCAUUUACUAUUGUGUCCAUAGGAUAGACUAUGAAGUCAACUUUAUCAAUGGGACUGUUUUAGUAUUAAAAGGUAAUGAGAAGAUAUUAAUGCCCUUUAUUUUUUGUUCAGUGUUCUUACAUCUUCAUAUGUUUUCUAUGUGUCUGUGUGGUUUUAUACAUUCAUGUGCAUUUUAGAAAGUGUUGUUUCAGAUUGAUAUACAUGAAACUAUAAAUGUAUCAUUUAGGUAAGAAUCACCAGAGGUCUGAUUACAAGACCGUGGUACAGCGGCCAAUGUCUGACCCAUUCUACCCAGGAGAAAAUGUGACUCUGCAGUGUACAGUACUCUCUGAGACCUGUACAGGAGAACACAGUGUGUACUGGUUCAGAGCCAGAUCAGGAGAAUCCCAUCCAGGAGUCAUUUACACCCUUGGGAACAGGAGAGAUGAGUGUGAGAAGAGCCCUGAGACUCCCUCUCCUACAAAGAGCUGUGUCUACAACCUCUCCAAGAACAACCUCAGCCCCUUGGAUGCUGGGACUUACUACUGUGCUGUGGCCACAUGUGGGGAGAUCCUGUUUGGCAACGGAACAAAACUGGACCUGGCCAUUAACACGGAAUGGAAUGAGUCAGGUAGAAUCAGGUUAAUUGAAGUGUACAGGCGUAGGAUCUUAAUUUGAGCCAGUUUGGUACAUGAGGAAAAUUAUCCUGCAGCAACAGGAAAUGUGAAUUAUUAUGUGGAUUAUAAUUAAUGGACAUUUUAGUAGGGAUUAGUACAUUUUUUGUUAGGGCAAAUGAAGUCUGAAAUUUCAAAUUGGAAAUUACAAACUUUACAAGCCUUUUUAAAACUCCAAUACAACACAAGUUUGCAUUUCCUGCUGUGCAGGAAAGUUAUCAGCAACAAAAAACGUAUCUAAUUAAGAUCCUACAUCUGUAGUCCUAAUGUUUUAUAGUGCAUCAUUCUGUUAUAGUGCCAAUAUAUGAACAUAAAUCUGGCUAUCAAUUUUUAUCUAUUUUUCUUGAGUAAAAAUGAUGAUAGAUACUUUGUGACAUUCAUUUUUAUGUUUGUUUCAGAAAAGGCUCUGGUAGUGGUUGUUGUAGGUUUGGCAGUGGCGUUGGUGUUGUGUGGGAUUGGGAUCAUCUUCCUUGCCUGCACCAGAAGUAAAGAGCAAGUCUGUGAAAAUUGCAAAGGUAAGCAAUAUGAUUAUGAAAAUAUGCUAGAUAUCUUUUGCUACGCUGAAGUUACAGUAGUUUUCAAUUGCUAUGGACAAUUAUCUUGCCUUUUAGUCACUUCUGAUGAAAACCUUGUAACUCAAUUUUUGCCCGUUUUCAUUUAUUUAUUUUUUAAUUUAUUGAAUGCAGUACCUCAAUGUACUCUGAACAUUUCAUGACUCUAGGACCAUGACAAUGUAUUUAAAAAAGCUUCUGAAAUUUCAUAAUUGUAUGUUCUUUAAUGGGAAAAUCUGGUAAUUUUUUCAAUUUCCUGUAAAGUUUCUGUUUUGGAGAUAAGAUUUUUUCAUCAGACAGCGACGCUUUAUUUGAUUUUCUUUUUCUUUUUCUAUUGAAGCAGUAGGUGCCUCUCAGGUUGGCAGACAAGACAGAUUACAGGGAGAACAGGUAUAUUUAUAUUGUGAAAUGGUUCAAUUCCAAUUUUGGCUAAAAUUCCUCAAUAGCUCAUGAUAACCCUUGAAAACGACUCUAUGUGAUGAAUAAUGAGCCAGUAAUCAUAUUUUCCAACCAAUAUGUGGCCUACUGUCUCAUAGAAACGUUUUGUAUUUCUGUGAACAUAACCUUUAAUGGGUUGAAAAUGUAAUAUGAACAACAAGUAACUGACAAGUAUAUAUCUAUAUUUCUUAAAAUAUGUUCCUCCUUAGGAUCAAGAUGGAGUUACAUUGAAUUAUGCUGCAUUGAAUUUCUCUGAGAGGAAAACUAAAAGAGGAAGAAAGAAGAGAGAGACACCACAGGAGAGUGUGUACUCUGAUGUCAGGUGCUCAGACUGGGAGUGAACUUAGCUUAAUCAUUCUAAAAUGUAAUGUUAAUAAUACUUUUAUUCUUGUAAAUGUGUUAGUCAGUGCCCCUUCUACAAAGAUACUUAGAAAAUAUAUGACAAAUGUAAUGCAUUUUUGAUACAAAUCAUGAUGAAUCAGAAAACAACUGAUUUUCUUAAAGCAAUAGUUUUUCUUAAAGGGAUAUGUUUCUCAAAAAAACAUAUUUUAGUAUUUUGUCUAUUAGUCCAUUGUUGAUACAGUCCCAAACAAUUUUGCAUGUAAGAAGUUAACAAAAUAGAGCAUUUUCAGUAAACAUCUAAUAUUGAGUGGCGCAGUGGUCUAAGGCACUGCAUCGCAGUGCUAACUGUGCCACUAGAGAUCCUGGUUCGAAUCCAGGCUCUGUCGCAGCUGGCCGCGACCGGGAGACUCAUGGGCGGCGCACAAUUGGCCCAGGGUAGCGGAGGGAAUGGCUGGCAGGGAUGUAGCUCAGUUGAUAGAGCAUGGUGUUUGCAACGGCAGGGUUGUGGGUUUGAUUCCCACGGGGGGCCAGUAUAAAAUAAAAUAAAUGUAUUCACUAACUGUAAGGCGCUCUGGAUAAGAGUGUCUGCUAAAUGACUAAAAAUGUUUUUUUUUUUAAAUGUAAUGAUCUUGUGUUUUGAAUAAUACGCACUUUGAAUCAUCAACAUCAUCACAUUUUUAGCUUUAUACUGAAAGUCCUCUACUCUUGUCAAACUCAUGAUUUAAGACUAGAGACAGGUACCCUGGGAUCCAGCGCACAUGGUACAAGGCAAGCGUAUUGUGUUCUGCUGAAGCUCUUUUUUUUAUUCUUGCUGUUUGGAUUAGAAAAUAAAUGGUUGUAAAGCUAAGGGGCGAUGCUCUAGGGCUGUGUGGGUGUUUGAGAAAACAGACAUGGAGGAGAAGCAACCAGUGUAAUAACACAGCCCACUCAAUAUUGAUAAUAAUAAUAAUAUGCCAUUUAGCAGACACUUUUAUCCAAAGCGACUUACAGUCAUGCGUGCAUACAUUUUUGUGUAUGGGUGGUCCCGGGGAUCGAACCCACUACCUUGGCGUUACAAGCGCCGUGCUCUACCAGCUGAGCUACAGAGGACCACAAGGUCCGUCCAUGCAGGUUGAUGCAUCCUGUUAACAACAUCAAAAGUGCCUCCCCAGAUGCAUAGGUUCUGCCUGGUCUCAUAGACUAGACAUAACAUAGUAAAAGUAAAUCCGGGGCACUGAAAUUAGUAUGAUAUGUUACGUUUAGUAUGGUUACAUAAGAGAAAAUGUUACUUUAGGCAAAAAUGCAGGCGUAUAAAGUGAAUGUCUAGCAACCCAAAAGUUGCAUGUUAAAUUCUCAUCACGGAACACUUCAGCAUUUUAAACUACUUACCACUUUUUAGCUACUUUGCAACUAUAUAGCAUGUUAGCUACCCUUCCCCUAACCCUAACCUUAACUCUUUAACAUAACUCCAAACCUUAACCCUAACACCUAACCCUAACCCAUAGCCUAGCUAACGUUAGCCAGCUAGCUAACAUUAGCGUUAGCCAGCUACCCACCUAGCUAACGUUAGCCACAACAAAUUGGAAUUCGUAACAUGUCAUAACUUUUGUAAAUUCAUAACAUAUCAUACAAAUUGUAAUUCGUAACAUAUCAAUCAAAAUAGAUGAUGGACAUCCACAAAUUAAUUCAUACAAAAUGUAUUUACUUACAGAAUAAUACAAAAUGCUCUGAGACCAGGUUGACAUAUUAGACUGAUUGUCACGACUUCCUCCGAAGCUGCCUCCUCUCCUUGUUCGGGCAGGCUUCGGCAUUCGUCGUCACAGGCCUUCUAGCCACUGCCGCUCCUCAUCUCAUCAUUCCAUUUGUUUUGUCUUGUUUUUACACACACCUGGUUAAUAUCCCCUCAUCAGUCCCUGUAUAAGUAUUCCCUCUGCCCCCCAUGUCUUUGUAUGUGAUUGUUUCAUGUGGAGGUGUCGAUAGCUCGGUGGAGCUUUAUGUACUGUGUCGCCGGGAUAUUCACCCUUGUGUUUUGUUUUCUCCAGUGCGCCGUUAUUACCGCACUGUAGUUGUUUUACGCAUUGCUGCCUACCGCUGUAUUUGCCGAAUAAACCAUUUAUUCUGUGAUUUACCCCUCCUGCACCUGACUCCGUCCAAAUCACACGCUACACUGAUGCUGUAUCAAACCGAUUCCCUUUUCACGCUAUGAGCCAAGCUGUACUGGGCUGGCCUGCGUACACAUCCACCAUUGUUUCUAAAACUGUGCUGGAAAGGACAAUGUGAAAAUAAUUGAUUUGAGCCUGCCCAUUAUGUUCAGCAUGUAUGGAUGUGGUUAGAGUGUUAGCUAACUGAUUCUGAACACUCCAAAAUGAAACACAAAAUAAACCCAACAUUUAUAAAAGAGGAGGUCCAAAGAGGGCAAUAUGACAAUAUAUUUACAUAUUUAUCAAAACAUACAAUAUUGCAAGCGGUCACAAACUGAGUGAGUGAGUCCUGACCCACCCCUAAACGAGGUGUAGCAAUGUGUUAUAGCAUUUAGCUCCGCGCAUCAGGGGUAGGUUCCACUUAAAUUCCAAACUAGUUUAGCAAAUAAAUAACUAGUCAGUCAGUCGUCUGCCGUACAGAGAAAUUAUUCUUUGGUUUCAUCUGAAUAUAAUUUCUUAAUUUGCAUAGGCAUAAAAAAUGUGAAUAGCUAUUACAUACAAUGGUUUGUUCUACUCAAUAGAACAAGUAGUAGAAGUCCUAACUUGAUGGAGUGGGUGUUUGUUACUAGCUAUUGUAACACUCUUCACCUAUAAUUCAGAGUCCUUUUGGAAAUUUAGUAUUUGCCCCAAAGAUAGCAAAUAUGCCUAGUACAUACCUGGUAAUGCAUACAGCUAGCCCACAAUGUUGAGUAAAGAACAAUUCAAGUGUGAAUAAGUUGUUUAAAAUGAUGCACCGGCGUGUCAAUCUUAGAAACAUAAUACAAAAAUACUUAAAAUCUGUCAGUUUAAGCUAGAGAUAUCUGUUUUUCUGCAAGGGCUGAGUCUCAAUCCACCAUAUUGGCCUAUGUCGCCCUUCCACAUCUGCGGUGGAAAAUGGCAGAGCUAAACCGCUGUUUGUCAGACCAGGAGGCAUUAUGAAAUCGGUCUAUGCCCUAUAUAUAACUAGGUGGUACCAUAUGCCCUGUAUAUUACUAGGUGGUACCGUAUGCCCUGUAUAUACAGUGAGGGAAAAAAGGUAUUUGAUCCCCUGCUGAUUUUGUACGUUUGCCCACUGACAAAGAAAUUAUCAGUCUAUAAUUUUAAUGGUAGGUUAAUUUGAACAGUGAGAGACAGAAUAACAACAAAAAAGUCCAGAAAAACGCAUGUCAAAAAUGUUAUACAUUUAUUUGCAUUUUAAUGAGGGAAAUAAGAAUUUGAACCCUCUGCAAAACAUGACUUAGUACUUGGUGGCAAAACCCUUGUUGGCAAUCACAGAGGUCAGACGUUUCUUGUAGUUGGCCACCAGGUUUGCACACAUCUCAGGAGGGAUUUUGUCCCACUCCUCUUUGCAGAUCUUCUCCAAGUCAUUAAGGUUUUGAGGCUGACGUUUGGCAACUCAAACCUUCAGCUCCCUCCACAGAUUUUCUAUGGGAUUAAGGUCUGGGGAUGGUGUUCUUGGGGUCAUAGGCAGCAUUCCUCCUCCUCCAAACACGGCGAGUUGAGUUGAUGCCAAAGAGCUCCAUUUUGGUCUCAUCUGACCACAACACUUUCACCCAGUUCUCCUCUGAAUCAUUCAGAUGUUCAUUGGCAAACUUCAGAUGUCCCUGUAUAUGUGCUUUCUUGAGCAGGGGGACCUUGCGGGCGCUGCAGGAUUUCAGUCCUUCACGGCAUAGUGUGUUACCAAUUGUUUUCUUGGUGACUAUGGUCCCAGCUGCCUUGAGAUCAUUGACAAGAUCCUCCCGUGUAGUUCUGGGCUGAUUCCUCACCGUUGUCAUGAUCAUUGCAACUCCACGAGGUGAGAUCUUGCAUGGAGGCCCAGGCCGAGGGAGAUUGACAGGUAUUUUGUGUUUCUUCCAUUUGCGAAUAAUCUCACCAACUGUUGUCACCUUCUCACCAAGCUGCUUGGCGAUGGUCUUGUAGCCCAUUCCAGCCUUGUGUAGGUCUGCAAUCUUGUCCCUGACAUCCUUGGAGAGCUCUUUGGUCUUGGCCAUGGUGGAGAGUUUGGAAUCUGAUUGAUUGAUUGCUUCUGUGGACAGGUGUCUUUUAUACAGGUAACAAGGUGAGAUUAGGAGCACUCCCUUUAAGAGUGUGCUCCUAAUCUCAGCUCGUUACCUGUAUGAAAGUCACCUGGGAGCCAGAAAUUGAUUGAGAGGGGGUCAAAUACUUACUUCCCUCAUUAAAAUGCAAAUCAAUUUAUAAAAUUUUUGACAUGUGUUUUUCUGGAUUUUUUUGUUGUUAUUCUGUCUCUCACUGUUCAAAUAAACCUACCAUUAAAAUUAUAGACUGAUCAUUUCUUUGUCAGUGGGCAAACGUACAAAAUCAGCAGGGGAUCAAAUACUUUUUUCCCUCACUGUAUAUAUAUAUUUGCGAGAAAAAAAACAUAUGUGUGAUUGGAAGUGAUGCAGACAACAAAUUGAUGGAAGUUACAAUCAAUCUGAAAUAUUAAAGCUGAUCUACCCCCUAAAAAAUAAAAAAAUAAAAAAGAGACCAAAGAUAAUCCUGAAUGUGCUACAAAGCUCCACAGCGGAGAUUGGAGUAUCUGUCCAUAGGACCACUUUAAGCAGUACACUCCACAGAGCUGGGCUUUACGGAAGAGUGGCCAAAAAAAGCCAUUGCUUAAAGAAAAAAAUAAGCAAACACCUUUGGUGUUCACCAAAAGGCAUGUGGGAGACUCCCCAAAUAUAUGAAAGAAGGAACUCUGGUCAGAUGAGACUAAAAUUGAGCUUUUUGGCCAUCAAGGAAAACACUAUGUCUGGCGCAAACCCAACACCUCUCAUCACCCCGAGAACACCAUCCCCAGAGUGAAGUUUGGUGGUGGCAGCAUCAUGCUGUGGGGAAGUUUUUCAUCGGCAGGGACUGGGAAGCUUGUCAGAAUUGAAGGAAUGAUGGAUGGCGCUAAAUACAGGGAAAUUCUUGAGGGAAACCUGUUUCAGUCUUCCAGAGAUUUGAGACUGGGACGGAGGUUCACCUUCCAGCAGGGCAAUGACCCUAAGCAUACUGCUAAAGCAAUACUCGAGUGGUUUAAGGGGAAACGUUUAAAUGUAUUGGAAUGGCCUAGUCAAAGCCCAGACCUCAAUCCAUUUGAGAAUCUGUGGUAUGACUUAAAAAUUGCUGUACACCAGCGGAACCCAUCCAACUUGAAGGAGCUGGAGCAGUUUUGCCUUGAAGAAUGGGUAGAAAUCCCAGUGGCUAGAUGUGCCAAGCUUAUAGAGACAUACCCCAAGAGACUUGCAUCUGUAAUUGCUGCAAAAGGUGGCUCUACAAAAUAUUGACUUUGGGGAGGGUGAAUAGUUAUGCACACUCAAGUUUCUUGUUUUUUUGUCAUAUUUCUUCUUUGUUUCACAAUAAAAAAUAUUUUGCAUCUUCAAAGUGGUAGGCAUGUUGUGUAAAUCAAAUGAUACAAACCAGGUUGUAAGGCAACAAAAUAGGAAAAAUGCCAAGGGGGGUGAAUACUUUCACAAGCCACUGUACAUACUGUAUAUCCACAUGGUACCGUCUCCAUUCAAGGACUUGACAACACUCCCUCUUGCAAUUCAUGCAAGAUAACCACACUGCAGUUUCACUUAUACCCUGUUCACACUGCUAAACUGAGCUUUACUGCACCGCCCUGGUUGCCUGGCAAGCAUACAGAUGUAGGAUCUUAAUUUGAUCACCCUGUUGCAGGAGAACUUUCCUGCAAUGUAGGAUAUGUUUUACUUGUAGUGUAUUUGAGAUUUAAAAAGGCUUCUGAAGUUUGUAAUUUCUAUUUACAAAUGUCAGACUUAAUUUUCCCUUACAAAAUAAUUAUCAACGCCUAAAGAAAUCUCCAUUAAUUAUAAUCCACAUACUAAUUCAAAUGUACUGUUGCUGCAGGAUUUUUUUGGUAGACAAUACCUUUAACUAGGUGUAAUUUCUGACAAAAGAUAACACUAGGGUUGUUGUUGUGCCAUCAUGGUUAUUAUAUUACCUGGACAAUAAAGGGACAAUGAGCUCACAAAGUUGAGAACUUUUGGUUGGCUAUUCCCCUUCACAAAACUAUUGGCAGUGCCUACCUUUGGCAUAACAUUAUCUGAAAGCUGUACAAAUAGCAGUGAAGCCCAUUUGACAUUACCCUCUUGUAAAGCACUUCAGGAAAGAGUGGCAGGCCUCUAUAUAAUAGAUACAUUGAGAAGUUGCAGCAAAUUUAGCAAAUACCAGAAUAGUGGCCUAAAUGAAACACUGUAGGUGUUUGGGUAACCAAAAACACUGUUGCAAGUUGGAAAAUGUAACAGGAAGUAUUGUGUUUGAUUUUUUGCAACAGCCUAUCAGGUAGGUCUUUGACAUCAGACCUGCUUAUUGGUCCAUACUUAUUUCAAGCAUUUAUCCACCAGUCAGAGGACUAACCUGAAGUUGGAGCUACACACCACGAUGAUCAGAAUCAGGGUUGUUGUGGUACUUUUCAGUACAAUAUGUAAGUUUUGCAAUUCCUACCUUGACUUAUCUAUCCAUAUUGUGAUUAUGUUCAGUUCACAAUGUAAGAAAUUGAGGGGGAAAUUGUCUUUAUAGGUUUUCUGAUACUGUUGAGCUUUCUUCAGUCCUUCAGUCCUAGUUCUUCUCAUUAACCUAAACUUUUAAAUUGUUUUUUGCAUUUUUAGAUGUGACACAAUGCAACAAUGUUCAGCGGCAUGUUCAAGUUCAGGGGGUUCAAAUUGGUGACCCAGUGACUCUCUACUGUGUUUUCUCGAAGCAAGUAUUCAAUGAGGGAAACAUGUUCUGGUUCAAGCACGUAACAGGGGAAAUUCCUCAGGUUGUUGCAAGGAUGCAGAAAAAUCAGUCAAGGCCUGAUCUGCACAAGGAAUUUAACAAUUCACAUCUUAGUGUGGAGAAGGCUCAAGCUGACGGGAUAUAUCGUCUCACGAUCUCAAAGAUGGAACCAACGGAUCAAGCCAUUUACUAUUGUGUCCAUAGGAUAGACUAUGAAGUCAACUUUAUCAAUGGGACUGUUUUAGUAUUAAAAGGUAAUGAGAAGAUAUUAAUGCCCUUUAUUUUUUGUUCAGUGUUCUUACAUCUUCAUAUGUUUUCUAUGUGUCUGUGUGGUUUUAUACAUUCAUGUGCAUUUUAGAAAGUGUUGUUUCAGAUUGAUAUACAUGAAACUAUAAAUGUAUCAUUUAGGUAAGAAUCACCAGAGGUCUGAUUACAAGACCGUGGUACAGCGGCCAAUGUCUGACCCAUUCUACCCAGGAGAAAAUGUGACUCUGCAGUGUACAGUACUCUCUGAGACCUGUACAGGAGAACACAGUGUGUACUGGUUCAGAGCCAGAUCAGGAGAAUCCCAUCCAGGAGUCAUUUACACCCUUGGGAACAGGAGAGAUGAGUGUGAGAAGAGCCCUGAGACUCCCUCUCCUACAAAGAGCUGUGUCUACAACCUCUCCAAGAACAACCUCAGCCCCUUGGAUGCUGGGACUUACUACUGUGCUGUGGCCACAUGUGGGGAGAUCCUGUUUGGCAACGGAACAAAACUGGACCUGGCCAUUAACACGGAAUGGAAUGAGUCAGGUAGAAUCAGGUUAAUUGAAGUGUACAGGCGUAGGAUCUUAAUUUGAGCCAGUUUGGUACAUGAGGAAAAUUAUCCUGCAGCAACAGGAAAUGUGAAUUAUUAUGUGGAUUAUAAUUAAUGGACAUUUUAGUAGGGAUUAGUACAUUUUUUGUUAGGGCAAAUGAAGUCUGAAAUUUCAAAUUGGAAAUUACAAACUUUACAAGCCUUUUUAAAACUCCAAUACAACACAAGUUUGCAUUUCCUGCUGUGCAGGAAAGUUAUCAGCAACAAAAAACGUAUCUAAUUAAGAUCCUACAUCUGUAGUCCUAAUGUUUUAUAGUGCAUCAUUCUGUUAUAGUGCCAAUAUAUGAACAUAAAUCUGGCUAUCAAUUUUUAUCUAUUUUUCUUGAGUAAAAAUGAUGAUAGAUACUUUGUGACAUUCAUUUUUAUGUUUGUUUCAGAAAAGGCUCUGGUAGUGGUUGUUGUAGGUUUGGCAGUGGCGUUGGUGUUGUGUGGGAUUGGGAUCAUCUUCCUUGCCUGCACCAGAAGUAAAGAGCAAGUCUGUGAAAAUUGCAAAGGUAAGCAAUAUGAUUAUGAAAAUAUGCUAGAUAUCUUUUGCUACGCUGAAGUUACAGUAGUUUUCAAUUGCUAUGGACAAUUAUCUUGCCUUUUAGUCACUUCUGAUGAAAACCUUGUAACUCAAUUUUUGCCCGUUUUCAUUUAUUUAUUUUUUAAUUUAUUGAAUGCAGUACCUCAAUGUACUCUGAACAUUUCAUGACUCUAGGACCAUGACAAUGUAUUUAAAAAAGCUUCUGAAAUUUCAUAAUUGUAUGUUCUUUAAUGGGAAAAUCUGGUAAUUUUUUCAAUUUCCUGUAAAGUUUCUGUUUUGGAGAUAAGAUUUUUUCAUCAGACAGCGACGCUUUAUUUGAUUUUCUUUUUCUUUUUCUAUUGAAGCAGUAGGUGCCUCUCAGGUUGGCAGACAAGACAGAUUACAGGGAGAACAGGUAUAUUUAUAUUGUGAAAUGGUUCAAUUCCAAUUUUGGCUAAAAUUCCUCAAUAGCUCAUGAUAACCCUUGAAAACGACUCUAUGUGAUGAAUAAUGAGCCAGUAAUCAUAUUUUCCAACCAAUAUGUGGCCUACUGUCUCAUAGAAACGUUUUGUAUUUCUGUGAACAUAACCUUUAAUGGCUUGAAAAUGUAAUAUGAACAACAAGUAACUGACAAGUAUAUAUCUAUAUUUCUUAAAAUAUGUUCCUCCUUAGGAUCAAGAUGGAGUUACAUUGAAUUAUGCUGCAUUGAAUUUCUCUGAGAGGAAAACUAAAAGAGGAAGAAAGAAGAGAGAGACACCACAGGAGAGUGUGUACUCUGAUGUCAGGUGCUCAGACUGGGAGUGA